AUGGUUGCCUGGUUCCUUCUCCUCAUGUCAAAUACUGAAACUAUUUUGGCAGUCACUUCGACUAAAGGUUUCCACCAUUCCCUUGGCACUGAAGAAACUAGAAGUCUUAACACGACAACAACAGCCGUCAGCAUCCAUGAAACACCGUUCUCAGCGGUGACCGACUUUCCCGAAAACACUUCAGGUUUAACAUUGCUGGACAUUGAAGCCAUUGACGAAGGACCUAAUGUUAGCACAAAUGAUCCCAAAUCGAACAAACCCAAUCCUUACGCUAUCAUUCACGAAGGAGUGGUGUCCAAGGAUCAGUACGAGAAGUGCAGCCUUGUCAUCAACAUCAUACUGAAGCCAGUUGUCUGUACUGCUGGUGUCGUCAUGAACACUAUCGGUGCCUGUGUCUUAUUUCAUCAAUCCUUCAAACGAUCCACUUACACCUACCUCCGUUUUCUCGCCAUUUCCGACGCGUUCAUUCUCCUAAGUGGCAUCGUACUUUUAAUUCCGAAAAUCAUCAACCUCCACGAUGACGUCAUGGCCAACUUCAUUGAAGUGCACAUGUUCCCUUACAUUUCAAUUUUCGCAGGGUCAGUAUUCACAAGAAUAUCUGAAUAUGUCAUAUGCGCAUUGUCCAUUGAAAGGUUUGUGGCUGUUCUGAGACCACUGAAAGUAAGAGAGUUAUUUCUGUCCCGCCAUGCCCUUGGUAUUUCUAUUGGUGUGGUCACCUUUUGUUUUCUUUAUCACGCUCACUAUCUGAUUAUUUACUAUCCAAAGGCCUAUUUCAAUCCAUCCCGGAAUACCACAAUGUAUGCUCUAGGCAAACAGUCCUGGUAUGCCAACUCAGGAAUUGAGGCAGUCUACACUAAUGUGUACUACUUCAUAUUCUUGUAUAUACCUCCAAUAGUUCUGAUAGUGUGUAAUAUUGGCAUUCUCGUCAAGGUAUAUGAAGCAAACAAGAAACGACAAGACCUCUUUGCCAAAGAUGGCAUGAGCAAGCAGAUGGGUCAAGAACAGCGGCGAAUGACCUUGAUUUUGCUGAUUAUCUCCAUGAGCUUCUUGGCAGUCUUUGUUCCCCUCUCCAUCCUCACCAUCAUUCAGCAGUUUGACAAACAGAUCCGGAUCUUCGGUCGCGAACAUUACCUGCUGUCUGUGAUGAUUGAUGUGCUGUCGCUUGGAUGGAACGUCAGCUCGGCCAAUGAUUUCAUCGUGUACAGCUACAGCAGCAAGCAGUUCAGAAACACUCUUCUUGCCAUGUUCUUUGGGAACAGAACAAGGAAGAAGGAAAUAGUUUCUCAGUCUAGUGACACGCUUGCCACUAACAUAAGUACAAUCACUAAUUGA